AUGGCAGGAGAUCAUUAUAGUGCAUAUAUUCCUACUCCACCUCGCAUGGAUGAAAAUACUAUAUACAGCAUUUCUCCAAAUCAGCAACCGUGUUCCACACUUCCACUACCAGUUCCAAACUAUGACGGUGCAAAGGCAUUAGACUCGUACGGAAUUUUCCUCAAAGAGUGUCAGUUCGCAAUCCAAAAUGUGGAAGCUGUCAGAAUAUUAGAAUAUUCAGAAAACUUGAAACAGUUAGUGAAAAAGUUGCCUUAUUACUUACAUGAAAAAUGGAGAAAUAUAGUGUACGAACUGAAGCAAAGAAAAGAAAUCGUAAAGUUCCAUCAUCUUGUCAACUUCGUUCACAAAGAAGCAAAGAAAGCCACAGACCCAAUUUACGGAAGAGAAGUCAUGAGCACUUCAAAGGCAGUCGUUAAAAAUUCACAGGAUAACCAAACUGGGAAAAUAACAAAGUUUUCUACUACACACAAAAACUUUGCAAUUAUAGCAAAGGAACCAUCUAAGGAUUCAGAAGACAGAUAUACAUUCUUGAAGUCAAAAGGACUGUGUUUCGGUUGCUUGAGAUCUGGUCACUUAAAGAGUAAUUGUCAAAGGAAGUUGUCUUGUGUACAUUGUAAGAAACUUCACCCUAGCGUUCUUCAUGUUGACCCUCAGAAGAAAAAUGAAGGUUACGGAAUACCAAGUCAUUCGAACAGUGGCAAUGGAGCAACAGCAUUGUCAGUGGCUGCUCAUAUGGGGGCUGGAGACUCCGUAAGGCAAGCACUCCCCAUUGUACCUGUUAGACUAAAAUCUAAAUGUAGUGAUAAAUAUCUGACAACUUACGCUUUCCUAGAUUCUGGUAGCAAUGCUACAUUUUGUUUAGAGUCACUUACCGACUUGUUGAACGUGGAAGGAAAGAGAACCAAAUUGAAUUUAGUUACUAUGGGACAGGAAAAGGUUCACGACAGUUACGUUAUUUGUGGUCUGGAAGUGAUCGACCUAAAUGGUGACAAUACCAUUGAGCUACCACCUGUUUUUACACAAUCUACUUUACCAGUGUCCAAGAAGGAUGUGAUUUUCCUGGAAGAUGUGAAAAGGUGGUCACACUUACAUGGUGUUGAAUUGAAUGUGAUCGAUUGUGACAUUGGACUUCUGAUCGGAGUAAAUGUGCCAAAAGCAUUGGAGCCUUGGGAAAUUAUUCCCAGUGCUAGUAAUGGACCCUUUGCAGUGAAAACAUUACUAGGUUGGGUUAUCAACGGACCACUUGAAGUGAUUAUGAAUAAUGACAACUACAGUACAUCGGUGUCUGUCAAUCGCAUUGAUGUAAGGAAACUGGAAGAACAGAUUUGUGACCAAUUCAACUAUGAUUUCAGUGAGAGAAUAAUUGAUGAUGUUCAUGAACCGUCCAAAAAUGACAGGAAAUUCUUAGAACGUGUAUCUAAUUCAAUUCGUUAUGAGAAUGGUCACCAUACGAUUGGACUUUCUUUUAAGUAUCACAAUGUGAGCUUACCAAACAACAGAAAGCAAGCCGUCCAAAGAUUGUCGUUUAUUGCCAAACGAUUCAACCGUGACAAAAACUUUCACAAAGAGUAUUGUGAUUUCAUGAACAAGAUCAUAAGUGAAGGAUACGCCGUCAAGGUACCAGCUGAAGAACUCGGUCUAGAUGACGGAAGAGUGUGGUAUUUGCCACACCAUGGAGUUUAUCACCCAAAGAAAAGGAAGUUGAGAGUGGUGUUCGAUUGUGCAGCUAGAUAUCAAGGCACUUCAUUAAAUGACCAACUUCUACCAGGACCAAAUCUGACUAAUACACUUGUUGGUACACUAUUGAGAUUCAGGCAAGAAGAGAUCGCAGUGAUGGGAGAUAUUGACAGUAUGUUCCAUCAUUCAAGUACAUUUACCUCGUCAAGAUGCCAGUUUUCACAGAUUUUUCUGGUGGAUGGAUGGAGAUACCAGUAA